AUGUUGGUUAACGAUUUGGAUAGUGGUGACCGAGAAUCCUAUGGUUCACACAAAGAUUCGGCCAAGGUUGAUCCGGCGAAACCGGCAUCUCUUACUUGGCAACGUAAACUGGAUUCUGAGGAGCUUGUACUGUCUGAAUUUGGUCUGACUUUGAAAGAAAUCAUCACCAUGGCUCCGAUAGGCUACCGGUUGUGGAGACAUAUUGAACAAGAAAAAGCCUCAGGGCGGGGAGCAUUUGUCAAUCCAUUUACGAAGCGCCAUGUUACAUCAUGCCAAGGUGUGCCCUUGGGUGGCAUUGGUGCAGGGAGCAUUGGAAGAACUUACAAAGGAGAAUUUCUUCGUUGGCAAAUAUUUCCUAGGAUAUGCGAAGAUAAACCAGUUUUAGCAGACCAGUUUUCUGUUUUUGUUUCCCGCCCAAAUGGUCAAAAGCAUUCUACUGUACUAUGCUCAAAAAGGCCUGAUACUUUAAAUGAUAAUACAGCUUCAGGAAUUGGAUCUUGGGACUGGAAUCUAGAGGGGAACAGAUCAACAUACCAUGCUUUGUUCCCUAGGGCCUGGACAGUUUAUGAUGGUGAACCAGAUCCUGAUCUUAAAAUAGUAUGCCGUCAAUUAUCCCCCUUCAUCCCACAUAAUUAUAAAGAAAGUAGCUUGCCUGUAACGGUUUUUACUUUUACGUUAUCCAACUCGGGACAAAUGGAUGCAGAUGUUACUUUACUCUUUACCUGGGCGAAUUCUGUUGGUGGGGAUUCUGGAUUAUCUGGUCAGCACUUCAACUCGAAGUUUAAGAUGGAGGAUGGGGUUCGAGGGGUACUAUUGCACCACAUGACUGCCAACGGACUACCUUCAGUAACUUUUUCAAUUGCUGCUCAAGAGACAGAUGGAGUUAGUGUCUCUGAGUGUCCUUGUUUUCUGAUAUCUGGAAAUUCCGAAGGAAUUACCGCAAAAGACAUGUGGCAUGAAAUAAAAGAGAAUGGAUCAUUUGAUCAUCUGAAAUGUGGAGAAAUGUCAACACCUUCUGAACCGGGGUCUAUUGUUGGGGCUGCCAUUGCUGCAUCUGUGACUAUUCCUGCGGGAACAGAGAAGACCAUUACAUUUUCACUGGCAUGGGCUUGUCCUGAAGUAAACUUCCUUGGUGGAAGAACUUAUAACAGGCGCUAUACAAAGUUUUAUGGUACCUUCGGGAAUGCAGCGGCUGCGAUUGCACAUGAUUCUAUUUUAGAGCACGAAGACUGGGAGGCUCAAAUAGAAGCAUGGCAGAGACCCAUUCUUGAAGAUAAGAGGCUUCCUGAGUGGUAUCCCAUCACUCUAUUCAACGAACUCUACUACCUUAAUGCAGGAGGAACAAUUUGGACAGAUGGUCUACCAGCUGUCCACAGUUUAUCCACUAUUGGGGGAAGAAAGUUUUCGCUUGAUCGAUCUUAUUCAAAUCUCAAAAGUGGAAUCAGCAAUCAUUCUGAUCAAAAUGAUACUGCUACUGGCAUCCUUGAGAGGAUGACUUCAAUACUUCAGGAGAUUCAUUCUACUACAUCAUUAAAUUCUGCCCUAGGAACGAAUCUGCUCCAAAAGGGCGAGGAAAACAUUGGUCAAUUCCUCUAUCUUGAAGGGAUUGAGUAUCACAUGUGCAACACCUAUGAUGUCCACUUCUAUGCUUCAUUCGCGUUGGCCAGUCUAUUCCCUAAACUUGAACUUAGCCUUCAGAGAGACUUUGCUGCUGCAGUUUUGAUGCAUGAUCCUAGUAAGAUGAGACUUCUCAGCGAUGGAAAGUUGGUUCCACGAAAGGUUCUCGGUGCUGUUCCUCAUGAUAUUGGGAUGAAUGAUCCUUGGUUUGAAGUGAACUUUUAUAAUCUUCACAACACAGACCGGUGGAAAGACUUAAAUCCAAAAUUUGUAUUGCAAGUUUAUAGAGAUGUGGUGGCAACUGGAGAUAAAAAAUUUGCAGAGGCUGUUUGGCCAUCAGUUUAUGUGGCAAUGGCUUACAUGGACCAAUUCGACAAGGAUGGGGAUGGGAUGAUCGAGAAUGAUGGGUUUCCUGAUCAGACAUAUGAUACAUGGUCUGUAACUGGUGUGAGUGCUUAUUGUGGUGGCCUCUGGGUAGCUGCUUUGCAAGCUACUUCUGCACUAGCUCAUGUAGUUGGUGAUAAGGGUUCUGAGGACUACUUCUGGCUUAGGUUCCUGAAAGCAAAACAAGUGUAUGAGAAAUUGUGGAAUGGCUCUUACUUUAACUAUGACAACAGUGGUAGCAAAACAAGUUCAUCAAUUCAAGCAGAUCAGUUGGCUGGAAAUUGGUAUGCUCUAGCAUGUGGUCUUUUACCAAUAGUUGAUGAAGACAAAGCAAAAGUAGCCCUGGAGACAGUUUACAAUUUCAAUGUCUUACGGGUAAAAGAUGGAAAGAUGGGAGCUCUUAAUGGCAUGUUACCGAAUGGAGAACCGGACAUGUCCUCCAUGCAAUCAAGGGAAAUCUGGACUGGAGUUACAUAUGCCGUUGCUGCAUCCAUGAUACAGGCUGACAAGAUAGAUAUGGCAUUUAGAACUGCCGGGGGAAUCCAUGAAGUUGCUUGGGCAAAAGAUGGGCUAGGCUACUCAUUUCAAACACCCGAGGCAUUCAACCUGGAGGGAAAGUACAGAUCAAUGGGUUACAUGCGGCCAUUGGCAAUAUGGGCAAUGCAAUGGUCGCUGACUCAGGAGCCAAAGCUACCAAAACAGGAGAUGAAGUCAAAAGUUGAUGAAGCUACUCUACUUAAGGAGCACGCCGGGUUUAAAAGAGUUGCAAACCUUCUGAAAUUAGCCGAGGAGCAUGAUACAAGAAGCCUUGUACAGAUUAUUUUCGAUUAUACUUGUAAAAGAAUGUGGACUUGA